CCCUCCCACACCUCCUGCGCGGAUGGAUACAGCCCCUGGGUGUGCAGCUCAAGGACAGCCGGCGAUGCUGAAGUUUUGAAAAAGUUUCUGCUGAAGUUUGGAGACGCGGGAUCGGGGUUGGGGGGGGGGAAACUGAACCGAGACUUCGCCACCCCCAUCCCCCCAACCAGGCGUAUUUUAUUCUCCCCCACCACCUGAUCUUUCCUAUGAUAAUUCGGACUUUCUGGGCUCCACGUUUGAAUGGAUGUAUAAGUUAAUCGAGGGGAACUCCGAACUUUGAAACGGCGAGUAAUGGGGGAUUUAAAACUUUGGAAUUUACUUUGGGGGCUGUGGCUGGCGGCUGAAUGUGAAGCUCUGCAGUGCCGGGAUAGCCACCGUCCUUGUGAGAAUAACGGACGAUGCAUCAAAAGCCCGCAUGGAGAUGCAUCUUGUCUAUGUCGGCCUGGUUACCUUGGGGACUUGUGCCAGUUUCCUGAUCCCUGCCAAAGGACACCAUGUUUAAACGGAGGAAUAUGCUCCAGUUCAGUAGUUGAUGGCACCACACAGUAUUCAUGCAGCUGUACGCGAGGGUUCCGAGGGGCUAACUGCUCACAGAUAGAUGCCUGUGCUACCAGCCCAUGUGCAAAUGGAGCUCGCUGUACAAACUGGAACAACCGCUACAACUGUACAUGCCCGCCAGGAUUCAGCGGGAAACACUGCCGCACGGACAUUGACGAAUGCAAAGUGCCCAACCUCUGCAAGCAAGGAGGCCUGUGUGUGAACACCCCUGGCUCAUUCCAUUGCCAGUGCCCAGCUGGCUACACAGGGCGACAGUGUGAGAGUAUCUAUGUCCCCUGUGCCCCUUCACAGUGCCAGAAUGGAGGGACCUGCCGGCAAACUGGGGACCUGACCUAUGAGUGUGCCUGUUUACCAGGUUUUAAGGGUCAGAACUGUGAAAUUAACAUCGAUGACUGCCCUGAUCACAAGUGCAUGAAUGGAGGAACCUGUGUCGAUGGUGUAAACACCUACAACUGCCAGUGUACACCAGAAUGGACAGGUCAGUUUUGCACAGAGGACGUAGACGAGUGCCACCUGCAACCCAACGCUUGCCAUAAUGGAGGAACUUGCUCCAACAUCCCUGGCGGCCACACCUGUGUAUGUGUCAAUGGCUGGACAGGAGAUGACUGCAGCGAGAAUAUCGACGACUGUGCCAAUGCAGUGUGCUUCAAUGGAGCCACAUGCCACGAUCGGGUGGCAUCCUUUUUCUGUGAAUGUCGCAUCGGAAAGACGGGCCUGCUAUGCCACCUCGAUGAUGCCUGUGUCAGCAACCCAUGUCAUGAGGGGGCUAUCUGUGAUACCAACCCAGUAACUGGGCAAGCCAUCUGCACGUGUCCCUCAGGAUUCACAGGACCAGCCUGUAACCAGGAUGUUGAUGAGUGCUCAAUAGGUGCCAAUCCAUGUGAGCACUUUGGAAAAUGUGUGAAUACUGAAGGCUCGUUUCAGUGCCAGUGUGGAAACGGAUACACAGGGCCCCGCUGUGAGACUGACAUCAAUGAGUGCUUGUCCAUGCCCUGUCAGAAUGAUGCUACCUGCCUGGACCGAAUUGGAGAGUUCACGUGCAUCUGUAUGCCAGGAUUCAAGGGGAUUUACUGUGAGACUGAUAUUAACGAGUGUGAAAGCAAUCCCUGUGUGAACAAUGGUAAAUGCAUGGAUAACGUCAAUGGUUUCGCCUGCAAAUGCCCGUCAGGCUUUACUGGAUUAAUGUGUCAGAUUGACAUUGAUGAAUGUGCAAGCACCCCUUGCCAGAACGGAGCCAAAUGUGUCGAUCGGCCCAAUGGGUAUGAGUGCAAAUGUGCAGAAGGCUUUGAGGGGAAGCUGUGUGAGAGGAAUAUUGACGACUGCAGCCCCGACCCCUGCCAUCACGGAAGCUGUACCGAUGGCAUUGCUGGCUUCAUGUGCCACUGUGAGCUGGGCUACACCGGUUACCGCUGCGAGAAUCAAAUCAACGAAUGUCAUAGCAACCCGUGCCAGAACUCUGGCAAAUGCAUUGAUCUGGUGAACAAAUACCUUUGUCACUGCCAACAGGGAACUUCAGGUGUCAACUGUGAGAUAAACCAUGACGACUGUGCCAGCCAACCGUGUGAUUAUGGGAUCUGUCAGGAUGGUAUUAACCGCUAUGACUGUAUCUGCAAACCAGGUUUCACAGGCCCACAGUGCAACAUCGAGAUAAAUGAGUGUGCAUCGAACCCUUGUCGAAAUGGUGGCACCUGCUUUGACAGUGAAGAUAGCUUCUCUUGCCUGUGUCCAGAUGGCUACCAUGACCCUCUGUGUUACUCUGAGGUGGAUGAAUGCAGCAGCAGCCCCUGCGUCCACGGGACUUGUCACGAUGAUGUCAAUGGGUACAAGUGUAACUGUGAGGCAGGGUGGACAGGAAUGAACUGUGAUAUCGACAAGGUUGAAUGUGACUCCAACCCCUGCCAGAAUGGAGGGAGCUGUUCUGAUCUGGUGAAUGGCUACAUUUGUAAAUGUAAAGAAGGCUUUCGAGGCCAGCACUGCCAAGUCAACAUUAAUGACUGUGCGUCAAAUCCUUGCUUAAACAAAGCAAUCUGUGUGGAUGCGAUUGCUAGUUACACUUGCCAGUGCGAGCUGCCCUAUACAGGACCUAACUGUGAGAAUGUGCUGAUUCCAUGUUCGCCCAACCCCUGUGAGAAUGGCGGCAUUUGUGAACACACUCCGGACUAUGAGAAUUUUGUGUGCACUUGUACAGAGGGAUGGCAAGGACGGGUCUGUCAAGUAGAUGUUGAUGAGUGUGCAACCAAUCCCUGCAGAAACCGAGGCUCUUGUACCAACACACUAGGAAACUACAUCUGUGCCUGUCGGCCAGGCUUUGCAGGGCGUGACUGUGAAACGGACAUCAAUGACUGUACUCCCAAUCCCUGUCUGAAUGGCGGUGCUUGUCUGGAUCAAAUUAACUCCUUCAUCUGUAACUGCCUGCCUGGCUUUGCUGGCACUCGGUGUGCCGAUGAGAUCGAUGAGUGUCAGAGUAACCCCUGCCACAAUGGGGGCACUUGCACCGAUUAUGUCAACAGUUACACCUGUACCUGUAAACCUGGGUUUAAUGGCCUGCACUGUGAGAACAAUAUUCCUGACUGCACUGAGAGUUCCUGUUUCAAUGGAGGCACCUGUAUAGAUGGCAUUAACCAGUACAACUGUCAUUGCCGUUCUGGUUUCACUGGUUCCAAUUGCCAGUAUGAUAUUGAUGAGUGUAACUCCCAGCCAUGUCUGAAUGGUGGGGUGUGUAUCGAUGGGUUAGAGUCCUACAGAUGUACUUGCCCCCAUGGGUACACAGGUGACCGAUGUCAGAUCAGCACAGACUGGUGCAGCAAGUCCCCGUGCAAGAAUGGUGGGCGGUGUCGUCCAAAAAGAACAUCCUUUACCUGUGAGUGUGCGAGCGGGUGGGCAGGACGUUACUGUGACAUCCCCAAUGUGUCAUGUGAAGUGGCUGCAGCACAGAGAGGAGUGCCUCUAACUCAGCUUUGCCAUCACGGGGGUUCGUGUUUCAGUGUUGGAAAUGCACAUCAUUGCAUCUGCCCCAAGAGCUACACAGGCAGCUACUGUGAGAAUGAGAUUGACCACUGCGCCUCCAACCCGUGUCACAGUAGCGCCACCUGCAGGAGCUUCAUUGGAGACUAUGUGUGUGAGUGCAUGCCGGGCUACAAGGGGAAAACCUGCAAGCUGGAGGUGAAUGAGUGUGAGUCAAACCCGUGCCAGAAUGGAGGAACAUGCCUUGACCUGAUUGGCCGCUAUAUCUGCUCCUGUCCACCAGGAACCUUGGGUGUACUUUGUGAAAUUAAUGAAGAUGACUGCGGUCCCUCUCCCGGUACAAAAGUGCCCAAGUGUAUGAAUAAUGGGACAUGUGUGGAUAGAAUUGGAGGCUAUACCUGUAACUGCCCUCCAGGAUUCACUGGUCACCGGUGUGAGGGCGACAUUAACGAGUGCCUAUCAAACCCUUGUAAUCCACAGACCACCAUCGACUGUGUCCAGCUGCCUAAUGAUUACCAGUGUGUGUGCAAACCUGGCUUCGCAGGUCGCCAGUGCCAAAGUUUCAUCAACAUGUGCGAAUCUCAGCCCUGUGAGAAUGGAGGUCACUGUAAAAUUGCAGUCAAUACACCACUUGGCUAUACCUGCAAGUGUCAACCAAGCUACACCGGGCCAAAUUGCGAGCGCAGCAUUCUAACCUGUCGGGAGCUGACCUGCCACAAUGGUGAGGAGUGCAUUGAUUCUCCGCUGGGAGCCCGCUGUACCUGCCCACAAGGCCUAGCCUGCCAACUUCCCACCUCCAACCACAGCAACACCAACGGCUGCAGCAGUCGGCCUUGCCGCAACGGUGGCAUCUGCAGGGCCAGCCGGCAGCUGCCUUUCUACCAGUGCCUGUGCCUGAAAGAGUUUGGCGGGAGGCAUUGCGAGGUGCUCAGGAGGUACACCCCUCCUGCCAGGGAGGCAGCCUGCUCCCUCCAGGAGUGCCGCAGCAGGGCGGGUGAUGGCUACUGUGACCGGGACUGCAACACACCCGCCUGCCAGUGGGACGGUGGUGACUGCUCGCUGUCAGUCGACGAUCCCUGGAAGGAGUGCAGUGUUCAGGAGUGCUGGCGUUACUUCAACAAUAACAUCUGUGACGAGUUCUGCAACAGCCGUGAGUGUCUGUACGACAACUUUGACUGCCAAAGCCAAGAGAAGACCUGCAAUCCGCUGUAUGAGAAGUACUGUGCUGAUCACUAUGCUGACAAACUCUGCGAUCAGGGCUGCAACAACGAGGAGUGUGGCUGGGACGGCCUGGACUGUGCCCCUGAUGUGCCCGAGCGCCUGGCUGAAGGGACCCUCAUUGUCAUCGUGCUGCUGCCACCCGAUGAGCUGCUGAAGAGCAGCACCAACUUCCUGCAGAAACUCGGUUCGAUCCUACAUGCCACCCUGCGCUUCAAACUUGACAGCAAUGGGCAGGCCAUGAUCUACCCAUACUAUGGUAGCAGCUCCCAACUCAAGAGGCGCUCCGCAGCACUGGGCAGGGUACCCCGGGAACUGGAACAAGAACAGGAAAUCAUUGGGUCAAAGGUGAACCUGGAGAUUGAUAAUCGCCUGUGUGUCCAAGGAGCAGGUGAAUGUUUCCCGACAGCAGAGAGCGCGGCUGCUUACAUUGGAGCUUUGUCUGCAGUGGGAAACCUGCACUUCCCCUACCCCAUCAAGGAUGUCAACAGUGAGCACCUGUCACCACCACCACCUCCCAUGAACCUGCUGCCAUUAAUGAUUGUUGCGGCUGUGAUUCUCACCGUCAUUCUGAUCCUCGGCGUGCUGGUGGCAAGACGUAAGAGGGAGCAGAGCUUGCUGUGGUUCCCAGAGGGCUUCACCCUUAAGAAGGACAGCAGCAACAAGAACAGGCGUGAGCCCGUGGGGCAGGACGCACUGGGGAUGAAGCACAUCUCUAAAUCCAUGGUGGAGGAGGGUCUGAUCAGUGAAAGGGACCUCCAGACUGAACAGUGGCUGGAUACAGAGUGCCCCGAGGCAAAACGACUUAAGGUGGAGGAGCCUACCUUACUGUCCGACAACGAAGAUGCUGUUGAUUGUCGCCAAUGGACACAGCACCACCUAGCAGCAGCAGACAUCCGGAUGCCACCUUCCAUGGCCCUAACCCCGCCACAGGGAGAGUUUGAUACUGAUUGCAUGGAUGUGAAUGUGCGCGGUCCAGAUGGUUUCACUCCACUGAUGCUGGCCUCUUACUGUGGGGGAGGACUGGACACAGGCCUGACUGAGGAAGAGGAGCAAGAGGACUCAUCUGCCAACAUCAUCUCAGACCUCAUCUAUCAGGGAGCCAACCUCUGUGCACAGACAGACCGAACCGGAGAGACUGCCCUUCACUUGGCUGCCCGUUAUGCAAGGGCAGAUGCUGCCAAGCGACUCCUGGAUGCAGGUGCUGAUGCCAAUGCUCAGGACAACACUGGGCGCACACCUCUCCACGCUGCAGUUGCCGCUGAUGCUCAAGGAGUCUUCCAGAUACUAAUAAGAAAUAGAGUCACCGACCUGGAUGCACGAAUGGCGGAUGGUUCCACUGCUCUGAUUCUUGCUGCCCGUCUUGCAGUGGAGGGAAUGGUGGAGGAACUAAUAGCCUGUCAUGCUGAUGUCAAUGCUGUCGAUGAGAUCGGUAAAUCUGCCUUGCACUGGGCUGCAGCAGUGAACAAUGUUGAUGCUACUCUGGUCUUGCUGAAGAACGGAGCCAACAAGGAUAUGCAGGACAGUAAGGAGGAGACGCCACUCUUCCUAGCUGCACGGGAGGGAAGCUUUGAAGCUGCUAAGAUGUUGUUGGAUCACUUUGCCAACCGGGACAUCACAGACCACAUGGACCGAUUGCCACGGGACAUUGCACAGGAGCGGAUGCAUCACGACAUUGUGCAGCUGCUGGAUGAGUACAACGCUGUACGGAGCCCUCAGGGUCAAGGUGGGCACAUGGGCAGCCAUUCAAUGUCCCCCCUCAUGUGCCCACCAAACAGUUACAUGGCUAACUUAAAGCAAACCCCCCAGGGAAAGAAAGCAAGGCGGCCCGGCUCCAAGAAUUCAGGUUCUGGGAAUAAUAGCAACCUGACCAAGGACUCGAAGGAACCGAAAACAAGGAACAAAAAAUUGAGUCUGGAUUGCCAAGCGUCCCUCAUGGAAAGUUCAGUGACAUUGUCUCCAGUAGACUCACUGGAUUCGCCGCGUGCCUACAUUACCAACCCUACGUCUCCAGUCAUGACAUCCUCUGGGAUCUUGCAUCCUGCGGGAUCCUUGUCUGUGCUUGCCAACCCUCCAGUGAAUGGUAUUCUGGAAGGUCCCUUCACUGUCUCCUUGGCCAGACUUGGUGAUCUUGGAGAUGCUGCUCAGAACACUGCCGUUUUAUCCAGGAACCACAUGCAGCCUCAUCUCUCAAUGUCACAAGUCAGUGGCCAGCCCAACUGCCUCCUUAAUGCCGGUGGCCUGGGUCUUAACGUUGGCAUGGUGAGCCCUAUCACCUCGGUACCCUUUGAAUGGCAAACGAGGAUUCCCAGCUCGCAGUGCAACUCCGUCAUCAGCGUUGUACAGCAGACCGCUGGCUCACAUGCUAACAUGCACCAGCCGGGUCAAGCUCUGCAGCACGGCUUGGUGCUGCAGAGCCACAUGUCCAUGGGGAAUGGCCCCCAAAUGAUCAACCAGCAGAGCCCAGUCAAGCCCCCAAACCCAGUAGAGCAGCAGGCAAUCUCUCAAGCCCCACAGGCACAGCAGAGGUGCACCCCUUCCACCACCAGCCACUCCAUUCAGCAGAGCUUGCUGAGGAGCGAGAUGGCACGAUUGCCAGACCAUUGCAACCCGUCGCUUUCUGCUCAGGAAGCCCAGCCUCCGCAAGCCAACGUGCCACCAUUUUACAAGCAGCACAGCGAGGACUACCUGACUCCCUCCUCCAAACACAGCUACACGACAGGCCACGACAACACCCCCAAGCAUUACCUCCACCUGAAGAAUGAGCACCCUUACCUGACACCAUCCCCAGAGUCACCCGAACAGUGGUCCAGUCCAUCUCCACAUUCCAUGUCUGAUUGGUCAGACUCUACCCCCAGCCCGGCCAUAAUUGGACAUCAAGCUCAAAUGCAGCACAUGACUGAACAAGCAACCAAAAUGCAAGUUUUUGCAUAAAGUACAUCAUUCGUUCCUUUUAUUAAAAAAAAAGAGACGUCUCUAUAGGAUAUUAGGACCCGGGCUAUUAUUAUUUUUGUUACUGCACCUCCUUUCGUCAUCUUGAAGUAACACGGAGCCGACUCUAUAGUCACCUCGGCUGCAUCUGUAAUGGAGGUCACCUCUUGGUUCCGAAUUUCAAAGGAAAGAUUUUGAUUUUUUCUUUUCAGAAAGAAUGGUGAGAAGGAAAGUGUUGAAUUUAUUCCUGUCUCACUACAGUCACUGCCUUUACCACACGUGUUUAUGAAUCAGCAGGUAAACUGUGGAGCCUGUUACGGUUUAUAUGUUCCAGUCCUCUUCAAGUAUAUGUGUCACCAAACAUUAAGAGCCCUCUUUUCUUCCCCUUUGGCGUACUGGACUUUCACUCGCCUCUUGCUGGUUUGACCAAUGCCUGGGAUUCCGGGCCGAACCUUUGUAACUUCAUGUUUUGCCAGAUGUUUGGCUGGGAUUGCCACCACCCGCCAAUGAGGAUCCCGGGAAAUUACCUCAGCAGAACUUGGACAGGAGGACACAGACGCUGCCUUUCCUGAGUAAGGUGUAUUCCACACUACAUUAACUUAGGCUGUUACAGUAAGUUCCGUCUCUCUGAGACCCCAGCAAGGCCUGAAGGCUUUCAUCUGCAAUUAGUAACCAUUCCAGAAUAACUGGCACUAGUAACACCUCUGCCCCCUUCCCAGCAGCCGAAGGAAAUUGUGUUUCAAGCAACACAAAAGCUAUAAAAACUUGUCUGAACCGUUGAAGCCUCAAGUGUAGGGUCAUCCUAUCAUUUCAUUAUAUAUAAAGUGAUUAACAUGGGAUUUUUUUAAUACAAUUUCUUUCUCUCGUGCUGUGUAUUUUAAUCCUGAAUAAGCUUUCCUAAAACUUACUGCCAUUGGAAAUUGCGAUGCUGCCAAGAAUAUAAUUGUAUGUUAUUUAACUGUUUUAGGGUUCAAAGGAAUACUGUUUGUUUUUGUAAUCGAGUUCUUCCGCCUGAGAGAUGCUUCCGAGAAUUGUUCGCUUGUCAUGGGCAGGGCAGAUUGCGUGUCAAAACUCUGCCCCAAAAUCUAAUCCAGUCUAAGCAGAGCUUGCUCAAGCACCCAGUUUAAAAUUGUCCAGGCCUAUAUCAGGACACCCCCACCACCCCCACCACCCCUCCGGUUACUCACUUAUUCCCCAGGCCUCACAGUGUCAAACAGUUCACAGGUUCCUGUUUCCUUUAAUGCACAGCUCCUGCAUCAUAUUAUUUUCCAUUUCAUUUAAAUAGUAAUUUUUUUUCUUUUAAAAGGAAAAUGAGAAAUGUCAAAAUAUGUACACUUUUUAAUUGGAUAUAAUCUGUUGAAAGGUCAUGUUGAUAAUUGCUCUAUAAGAGAAAUUGACUGAUUUAGUAUCAAUUAUCUGUUUAAAAAUUAGCUCAUCAACUAGGCAUUAAGCAGAUGCUCAGUGAGAGUGAAUCAUUUGUGUCUUUGAAGAUUUAAGAUUUGGCUCAAGUUUACUGAUCAGAGAAAAUUGUUCUGGGCACUUUAAUCAGGGCCAGAGCCCCACACUCGUUGGUAGGGCCUUGGAAAUGGGCUGUACCAAUCUUUUCUCAGGCAGGAACUUGAAUUCUGACGACAGCCACUUCAGUUCAGAUUUCUGAAGUCUUUUUAAGUCAGUCCACUUGAGCCCAGUGGCUGAUGUUAUAACAGUUGACACCUAAAUCUAAAAUAAAAGCACGAAGUGCAGGCAAAAUUCAGCUAGUCUGGAAGUGUCUUUGGAAGGAAGAACAAAGUUAGCAUUUCCAGUCUUUUUUUUUAUAAGUCCUACUUUAAUGACUUACUACAAUUAACAACAGGAUUACAGACACCUCAUCUUUUUUGAAAUGGAGGAUCAUUCUUGAACGUAAUGAUGCCCAGCAUUGAAAACCAAUGUUCAGUUUCACUGCCAAUUCUUCAGUCUUUCUCUCAUGCUAAUUACAUCGCGGGCUAUUUUCAUAAGGGUCAACAUCAUAUCACAGGUAUCAGGCUCUCAGAAACAACCUCAGCGAAAGAGAAGUGCUGCACUUGUUCAAAACAAUCAAUGGUUGCAGUUUUACCAACUCCUAUCUACAAGCCUCCUUCAGAUAGAAGGUAGAAGAAAGAACCUUCAGCUAUUGCUGAUGGAGUUUGGGUCAAAAGAGAUUGCACAUUUUGUGACUGAGAAGAGUAUUGUAGGACCAGCCAGUCCAAGAUGUUAACAGAAUGUGGGUGUGAUUACUUGAAGAGGUUUUAAUUUUUGAGUAAAUUUUUUUGUUUUGUUUCUUGCCCCUCUUCACCUCCCCCCCCAUCCCAUGCAAUCUCUGUACUAUAUCCAUUGACCUAAAGGUGUAACUCCUCAGAUAUUAGUUGGAUAAGAUGCAACUCAUGGUGAAGUCAAAGGUUCCCACUCUUGGUCAGAGGUAUUCCAGCAUGUGACCUCCCAAAGAGCCCCUCCCACUCUCCUGCUAUUGACCAUAGCACAUUCCCAAUCUGAGAGUGCACUGUAUCUGACGUUCAUCAGGAAACUCUUUCUACUCUCUGAUUAUUUGGUUGUUUGUCAGCCACUCCUUUUCUCAUCACUUGAGGUAAAAACACAGUUAAAAAUAUGAGAGAAAAAUGUCUUUUUUUUAAUGUUCAUUGGGAUUUUACUCUGUCUUGCUCACUACGUAUCCUGGAGUUAGUCUUUAAUUUCUAGCUAUUCCCAGAUGAUCCUCAAUAGCCGACAAUUCCAUGUUUGCACUGCUUGCCCACCUUGUAAUUACUGCAAGAAAACAUUUAAAAAUAAUCAAGAAAUGCAACAACGCAGCAUCAAUUCCUGAAGUUAAAUGAUCUCCAGUUCCUGGGACCAGCAAAGACCUGAGGAGAACAGUUAGCAACUGAAGAGGAUUUGUUUCUCUGUGUUGCCCACCCUCCCUUCCAGGUGUGCAGUUGGAAUAGGUUUUUUCCAGCGCUGAUUUAGUUAGAAAAGGGAAACUUGAAGAAGACACGGGUUCAGUGGUUCAAUUGCAUCCAAUUGGAAUGCCUGUACGUUUAAUAUGACUUGCCAGUAUUUCAAUAACAACCCAGGAAUGAAAAUAACUGGACCUGUUCAGUUAGACCGAUGCAAAAAAACAAAUGAUGAGAGAGUUCAUCUUCUAUUUGAGAAGAAGAUCAGGCUUAUUCUAAUGAAACUUUGUGUGCUUGUCAAGUAAGCAGGGAUAAAAUCUUCCUCUGCCUCAUAUUCCCCUCACCUGAUCGGGGAGUAAUAUUUGCAACCUGUUCUUGCCGUCUGGUUUGAGAACCAAGGCUCUUCAUGGGGUCCAAAACCCGUACUUUAGCAGCCCUGAAUCUCAAGGUAUGGAGUCGGAAAACCAGAUGUGAGAGGAAUGGAUCAAAAAUCAAAACCCAAAAUUUCUAUUCAAGUACCUGAGAGGUGGGGUGAGCGUUGCACCUGUCCCUUCAGAAGAAUUUGCCUUCUGGGGAGUGAGAGGCAGUCAUUGCCUUGGUGGGUAGGUGGUAAUUUUUCCCUCUCUUGCCCCAGGCCUGCUUCACAACUUCAGAUUUAUUGGUCAGCCUGGCCCAACUUCAAAUCUGCCCCCCGUCUGAUACGAAUGAUAUUUAUGUAGAAAUAAGGGAGUAGGGGGAGAAGCAGGAACUCACCUUUGGCCUGGUUCCUGCAGGAGAAUGCAGACCUGUCAUUAUGGUCAGCCCAGUCAUUAUCAAGGUUCAUUGUAAACCUUAAUCACUUCGUCACACGCUGAGGAAUUGAACCUGAGAAUUGAACCUUGUAUGUUUUUUUAAGAAAAAUUGCCAAUUUUAUUUUACAAAUCCCCUUGUAGCCCACACCCAUAGCCCUGUCAGUUAACCAUCGCUUGGGGUAGUGGUUUCAGGAAAGAAGAGGCAGAAUUACGUUUCGUGCAGCAAGUUGGGAAAAGUUGGACUGGUGGGAUGAGGAUGAGGGGGCGGGGGAGAGGAGAUGGUGUGUCAGGUGAUAAACCGAGUGGGUGGGUGGGAAGGAAAGGUGGACUACAAGUGACCCGUCUGGGUGAUGCAUGGGUGGACAGGGUAUGCACAUAGGGAGCUGUGGAGCAAAGGAUGUGAACCUGAGCGGGACAUAGCGUUCAGGUAAGUCCUGCAGCCUCUGCGCAUGGAACAGACGAGGUAGUGCUGCUUAAAAAUCAAGCAAAGGCGAAAUAGAGGUGUCACGCUGCUUGCAAAGGUGAGAGAGCACCCUGUUGGCUCGGCUGUUUUCCCUGCCUUAGUUGGGACUGAGUUUAUGAGGGACCUAUAUAUAUAUUUUAUAUAUUUUUUUUCUCAACAUUCUUGGUCAGUAGUGCAGCUCAAACAGUAGAAUGUACAUUUAAAGCAUUAACGGAUUCUUUUUUAAAGAAAGCAGACUGUAAAUAAAUCAAAUUGAAGAACAAAAAACAUUUACUCAUUUCAAAAGUACUUGUUUGGAAUGUUUCACGUACUCAAAUAAAAACCUCACUUUCUUAUUUAGUUGUAUAUCACAUGGAAAUACGGCCAACAUACUUGGUUGUUUGUUCUUAGAAGGAUUCUUUGUAGACGUUUUAUAAUAUUUCAAGCCUUUUUACAAAAAUGUAGCUUUAAUCUGUACAGAAAAAAGUAUUUUAAGUCACAUCUUUUGUAUGCAGAAAAUAAAGGUUGUGAGGUAAAUAUACUUCAAAAAUAAAGCUGUAGGAAACUA